AAGAAGUGUAUGGAGGCUGCGUGCGAUAAGCUGGCUCAAACAGGGGGCAGGUGCUACAAGCAUGGAGGAGGGACGCGAUGCUCUGUUCCAGAGUGUAAUAAGCUCGCGAUAGCAAGACGAUUGUGCACUGGGCAUGGUGGAGGUAGGGUGUGUUCUCAUCCAGAAUGCUCGAAGCGGCCUCUCAAGGGAGGGAAAUGUUUUCAACACGGUGGAGGGAGGAGAUGUUCGCACCCAGGGUGCACCAACCAAGUGGUGACGCAAGACAAGUGUCGGGCUCACACCAUG